UCAUAUCUAGUACUUUCAGGCACAAGAGAUUUUUAAGAUGUCCGGCAGAGGCAAAGGAGGCAAAGGUCUUGGAAAGGGAGGCGCAAAGCGUCACCGCAAAGUUCUUCGUGAUAACAUCCAGGGGAUCACCAAGCCUGCAAUCAGGCGUCUGGCUCGCCGUGGUGGUGUGAAGCGUAUCUCUGGUCUCAUCUACGAGGAGACCCGUGGUGUGUUGAAGGUUUUCCUGGAGAACGUUAUUCGUGAUGCCGUCACCUACACCGAGCACGCCAAGAGAAAGACUGUGACCGCCAUGGACGUCGUCUAUGCUCUGAAACGCCAGGGUCGUACUCUGUACGGUUUUGGUGGUUAAAUAUCAGAUCCCUCUCUCGACUUAACUCAAAGGCUCUUCUAAGAGCCACCCAAUUCCUUUAUAAAAAGUAAUAUUCCUUUGUUUAAACAAUCCACUUGAAUUAAUUCUCAAUGGCGUUGUGGGGCCUAAACUAUUCUAUGUGAUGAGAUUCGAAAGACUGGGGCAUGGUAUGGGCUACGUCUUGUGGUUGCCAAAUGCCAAG